AUGCCUGCUAAGCACAAGUCUGUCGAGCUUUUGAAGCUUAAUAACGGUUUCUCCAUCCCAAAUGUUGCCUUAGGUACUUGGAAAGCUAGCCCUGACGACUGUUAUAAUGCAGUCAUGACUGCUUUGAAAACUGGGUACAGACAUAUUGAUACCGCAAGAAUUUACAGAAAUGAAGUGUCGGUUGGUCGGGCAGUAAAUGACUUUCUAAGACAGUCUGACGUGAAAAGAGAGGAUCUUUUCAUCACAACCAAAAUUUCCCCAUAUGAAUUUCAGGACCCGGAAAAUGCAAUUCUCGCGUCAUUGGAAAGACUACAACUUGACUAUGUUGAUCUUUACUUGAUGCAUCACUGUGUGGCAGAGGUGACUGGCGAAGGUAUUACUCCCCGUGACGAAAAUGGAUAUAGAAAACACAUAUCCCCAGAAGUGUUCAGCUAUGUUGAUGCCUAUAGGCUACUUCAGAAGCUGAUCAAUAAAGGUUACACCAGAUCCAUUGGUAUUUGCAAUAUCAAUGUCCCAAAAAUUCAAAGACUUUUGGAAACAAAAGAUCUUAUUCCUCCUGCUGUUGUCCAGUGCGAAAUCCAUCCGUAUCUUCCGCAACAUGAGCUGGUUGAAUUCUGCAAGGCUAACAAUGUGGUCGUGGAGGCCUACUCCCCACUUGGCUCAACUGGUGCACCUUUACUUCACGAUCCGGUGAUUGUAGAGGUUGCCCAAAAGUAUGGAGUUACUCCAGCAUGUGUUGCACUCAGUUGGGCUGUUGCAAGGGGAACUGUGGUUCUUCCAAAAUCAACAACUGCUGAAAGAAUCAAAGACAACAUAUCCCUCAUCGAGCUUGAUGACAGUGACGUUUCUUUAAUUGGUAACAUCUAUAAGCGCAUGACUAAACGCUACCUUGAAUCAAAAUGGAAGAUAAACGUCUACGAAAGCGACGCCGACUUUAGACCACCUACGUAA